AUGGCGUCCACCAUUCGGCAUUCCCUCCUCCUCCAUCGUUCCAAUCGAAUCCAAUGCAAGCCCCGUAUGGCCUUCUCCACCGACCCCAAGCCGCGCCCACCCUGGGACCGGCCAACAUGGUCAAACAUCGACGUUAGCCUAUCAACGGAAAACUACCCGGGGGUAGGCAAAGUCAAGCAAGGCGCUGCCCGCUGGGGCUUCGCAUUAUACCGCUGCACCUACGCCGAGAAGUACGAUUCGGCCUGGAAGCGGCUGGUCGAGCUCAUUCAGGCCCACGUGCCGUCAACCCUGGAAAAGACGGGGCGCCUGGAUCUCCUGCCCACGCACGACCUACCUGUCAUCGAAGACCCCAAGCUGGACGGGGCAACAUCGCACGACAUCCGUGAGCACUUCACACAGUGGACCGAAACGCAACUCGCCCGCAUCCUCGUCGACCCGACGACGCGAACGGGCCGCAUGCAGAACCCCACGGCCUUUGCCACCGGCCUUGGGCCCCGGACUGUGCCCUACCCGCUCCAAAAUAUCCUGGGCCCACGCUUCAACUACUGUCUCUUCGCCGACGAGAUCUGUCUUGAGUCGAUGGAUGAAAUGCCGUCCAGCCCUGUUGUUAAGCUUCUCAACAGAGACUGGGUGCGGCCGAGAACGGCUAGGGAUGUCCUUGGGCCCAAUAGUGAGUAUAAGAUUUGCGACGACCACGGGUAUCAUGAUGGGAUUACAGAUGAUCCGGAUGAGGACGUUGGCUGGAUGUACAUGCCCGUGCAUUGUUACAUCGACUAUUUUGAUCGGUUAAUGGAGCCUAUGGAUUGGGAUCAUGCGUAUAGACGGCCGCCGGAGAUGGAGAUGCAGGUCAUGUUGCCGGGUUGGUGGAGGAAGAAGGAGAAACCGGUAUCUUGA